AUGGUCCUUAUUGCCGAUGCCACCCCGGCGUUAGCGGGCACCACAAUCCUACUGACGACCUUGGCAUUGUUGACAUCUGGCUUGCGCAUAUAUUGCAGAUUAAGCCGCAGGUCGUGGGGGGUAGAAGACUGGAUUAUGACGGUAUCAUGGGUCAGUACUACUGAGGAAGUGCCGUUCUGUGUGCUUGUGGCUGGGUGCCUCGGAGGGGCUUUCAAUGGAAUUGGGGCACGAGACUCGACCCUUGCAAAGCCUGGCAAUGAGAAAUACCAAGUCGAAGCACAAAAGUUUUUCCUUAUCUUCGAAGUGGGGUAUUGCUCUGCCAUUAUACCGAUAAAACUCAGCAUCGGUUGGAUGUUGAUUCGAGUGGCGGAGGGAAGAAAGGUAUUUAUAUAUGUGCAAUACCUCGUCAUGGCUCUUUUUGUUGUGAUGAACACUAUCGCGUUGAUUUUUAUAUUGAUCAAUUGUGUUCCUGUGGAAGCUGCUUGGGAUCCGGAAAUACUCAAGAACGGUGGCCACUGUCAGCCAAGCUAUGUCCUUGCUAAUGUGUACUACGCGUGUACCGCCAUCAACAUCCUUACCGACUGGAUAACUGCUUUCUUGCCAGUUCCUCUGCUUUGGAAUGUACAUUUGGACCGCAAUACCAAAAUCUCAGUUUCGGCCUUGAUGGGGCUUGGUAUUUUUGCCUCGCUCUCAGCAUGCAUCCGUCUCAAAUAUACCGUCGCCCUUACCAGCCAGACUGACUUUCUCUUCGAAGUUGCAGAUGUUGUCAUCUGGGGAUUCGCAGAGAACGGCAUCGGCAUGAUGGUCGGGAACAUUGCGACUCUCCGUCCGCUAUUUAGUAUCCUUCGCGAUCGAUCGAAGACAUCCGACUAUAAAAGUCAUAACAACUUACCGGAGUUCAACAGUCCUCAGCGCCUCGGGGGGGCGAUAUCCUUGAGCGACCUCGAGCUUGAAAGUGGGAAGCACCGAAAUCACGUCGUCAAGCAAAUAGAUCACACACUGUACAGUAGCCUAAGCGACGGGGAGAGUCAGAAGGACAUUCUUGAAAAUGUUCAACGACCUGGCCAGGCUGAUAUUGUUGUUAGUCAGCAUAUUGUUGUAGCCUAUGAGUGA